AUGACCAAUGUGGAGCUUGAAGGCUUGGUGUAUUUGUGUUUCUUUGACGACGGAUCUUGGUUUCAGGUAGAGUUUUGUUUCAAAUUUUUUUAUUCUGUGUUCCGUAGUUACUAGUAAAUGGUUGCAUGUACAGUAAUGACCUUAAAGGAGAACUGAAGCCAAAAAUUGAGUUAAUUUCUUUCGAUAGCCAAAGUGACGAAAUUCUCGAUUUCAGGCGUUAUUUGUGCUAAAUGUGUCUUACCUUGGAGAAAUAUUUCUUUAAAGUUUGUAUUUUCGCGCUGUUUCGGCUUUCAAACCGUGGGCACCAAUUUUAAAUCAGCGGUCUUCCAAAUGAGCUUGUGACGUAUGUUAUGGGGAUCACUUCAGAACGUGUUAUCGUUCAGCAACGUUUUAAUACAAAUUGCUUCUUCGUCGACCCUUCGUUAUGAGCGGAAUAGAACCAUUUCAGUUCGAACCAGUGUAUCAGCCUGGAGAAGAACCACCUCAGGAAGAGAGUGUAGGACAGGAGGUAGAAGCCCACGAAGAAGACAAUACUUCGAGGAUGGGAAACACCGAAUGGUGUUUGUGCGGCGCUUGUGCGCUUAUGCCGGUGGCAAAUGAAUGUUACUGCUGCCAAGAACUAGAGGAGCUUAAUCAAAAGUUCGACAAUUCAGGUUUGUACUUAUUAUGUGAUUAUUCUCACGAGUAUUUUGUUUGAAGCGACCGCUUCUUUGCUAAGAGUGACAAAAGGUGGACAAUUGCAAACUCGAUCUUAGUUGUAAUUACAAUUACAAGGUUUGAUGGAUGAAAAUUAUUGAAACAGUGAGGGAAAUAAAAUGUUAAGACUUUUUUCUUCUUGAUAGGUGUUAGAUGUUUAACAGAACAUCCGAAAUUUGGUAUUGUUUGCUUGGACACGGAUGUUUUGAGCACGGCAUUGGUUGCAAUCCACAAUGCGCGGCUCAAUCCAAUUCCCGACCCUAUCGUCAACAGGUAAACUGUCUUUUUCUUUCUUAUUUUGUACGCGUAAUUAAGUCAAUCGCUUUUGUGACUUUAUAUCCUCUUGUUCUCUAGAACUUGGCGUUUGGUAGCCUACAGACAAUUUACUUGGUGGGCACAUGAGGUAUUAGGAAAAAACCGGCGGAGAAUCGUGCCAGCAUGCGUCGUCACGGCCAUACGUAAAACAUUUCCAGAAGAGAGUGGUAAUUACGUGGGGUUUCGAGAAGCAGAUCUGGAACUUUGAACUUUAUCCGUAAUGUCCUUUAAUAAUGAUUUGUAACAUAUCCUUUGCGUGUAUAACAUCGGAGGCUCUUCUUUCCUUAUGUUACGGUUUCUUUCUAAAAUUUGCGUGAAAUAUACAAUUACUUAUCGAGGAUAUGAAUUACUAACACAUUUCUGCAUAGUGAUUCAGUCAAAAGCCAUGCAGAGCCAAACGAAUGUCAUCCCUACUGCAGUUAUUAAAUUAUCCACAUUGCCAGGGAUAGCUGCGUGGCCUGAAUGAAAUAAACCUCAAACCUAACUUUGAUUGCUUUUUGCUACGAUGAUUGCUUUUAUUUUCAUUUGAUUGUGUUAUUGACAAAGUUGUUGUAUUUAAUUAUUCGAAAAUCUCGAAGUAUGAUUAGCAAUGACAUCUGCUUUAGGAGGCCGGGGUUUGCUGGUAAUGUUUUCAGGAAUGUGUGGUUCUGUGACUGUUGCACUCCUCUCUUGUGGUUUUAAGCAUUUUCUCUCUACAAUGGCAUUAAGCAUUGGCUUGAGAUGAUAAUUGGUUGUCUUCUCAAAUAUGGGCUUUGCCACCCAUUCUUUUGUAUUUUUUGGAAACACUACCUUGUAUUGCAGCUCCCCUUGGUUGGCACCCCUGGAUACAGUGGCUUGUUGUCUACCAGUGUUGGCAUUAUGGUCUAGGGCUGCCAACUGAGUUCGAGCAACCAUGCCAUUAUAAGAGAAGUGCUGCCGUUUGGGUGCAUAUUUGGUCUGCACACUAUGGUACACCUCUAAAUUGCCAGUAUGACAACUUAGUGUUAGUUGCUGAAUGUCCUUCAACAGAUUUUUAUCGAAUACAACCUCCUUCAAUGCACUAUGAGCAGAGGAGCCAGGCCUAAGCCACCUUUUAGUUCUUGCGAUAGCUGGAGGGAUUGGUUGGUGGGCACAUUCCUCAUAAAGGUCAGCUGAAUCCCAGGAGUGGAUAUUGGCAGUGUGAUAGACAAUGGAUAUCCACUUCUCUCUCAACAUCUCCUUGUCUCCCCCACAUGUUUUGGCACACCACCAAAGGUGGUUUGAGAUGGAUCUGAUCCAGAGAGAGAGAUCAGCACAUUCUUUCUUCUUUGCUUUUUCAGUUAACUUUUUAGUUAUAUUCUUGGAAAGGUGCCACACAUCAAAUUGAUGAUCAACUUCAGGGAAAUUUCUUUUCAUGUCAGCCCUAAUGCCCACGUGACGGUCAGUUGCAACAACCAUAAUCUUCCCCCCUUUUUCAUAGAUGUUUUCCAUACAGGGUUUAAAACCCUCUCUUUCCAUGGCAUUGCUAUUAUUUACCUCACUGACCUGAACAACCUUGAAGUCAACAAUCUUAUCAGUUUUCUGAUCAAUCAUGGUAUAUGUCCCAUAUUUUGCAUUAUGGCCGGGACUGUCACAAUGACCAUCCCCUGAAAGCCACAGAUCUCGCCCCCCUAGCUCAGAAAAAGUGGAAUUUUGUUCUUUAAGCCAGAACUCAUUGAUUACGGGUAAUAAGUACUUGUUUUGAAUAUCAUAAAAUGUUUUCUCACUGAAAAUUUUCAAAUUUAAGAUAUCUGCCAAAGAUGCUACUUUUGUAAAGGUAGAGCCACUGAGCAAAAUAGAUGAUGACAGCAACAAAUUUCCAGCUGCCAUCCCCUCAAGCAUUGGCUGGCUUUGCCAGGAGUACUUAUGAUUAUUCAUACAUUCUAGGGUGACAAAUAGUUGGCUUCCUUGUGUGGAUUGGUUCCUCUUAAUCACAACUGCACCACACUCAGGACAGUACUUAAACAAUUUAAAUAGCUCUUGUUUAAAUACAAUGUAUUUGGUAUCAUCCUGUGGCUUUUCGCAUUUUGUUUCCCCUUGGUGUUCGUUGUCUGAUCCUGACAAGUUUGAAUCAUCUGAAUCUUCCUGUUUUGUGGGAAGGUAGAUGCCAUCUUUUCUUGGAGAGACUUUUGGGGAAGCAGCAGCUUCAGUUGCUUCUUCCUUGUUAUCUUCAAUUUCAGAAAGGAAUACCUCUUCAGUCUGGGUGCUGCUUUCUGAAACAUCAACCUCGACUUGGGUGUCAGUAGAUUUCAUCAUUAAAUGGAGACCACGAAGAUUGACUUGGAUCCCAAAAUCCACACAUUUGUUUGGCAAAUUCACCUGCACUGUUUGUGACUCAACCAACGUGCUUUUAGGCCCUAAAUCAUGUGGGAAUGGAUAUAAUGGGCUGUGUGAGGUUGAUGUACUUGCUCCACAAUUCACUACAUCAACAGGUGCAGGCUGUUCUAAAGCUGAAGCUGCAUGUUCUUCGAUUCCACAACUAGGUUGUGCAGUGAUGGAGGCUAUAUACUAUAACAGAAAAAAUAUUAACUCUGUUAUGGUAUGGGUUAGUGACCCUUUGAGAGAAUGAAAAAUGUGGGUAUGGGGGAUAAACUAUGCUACUAUAUGGUUACACAAUGAUUCAAUGGGAUUUUCUUGGAAAAUAUAACACCUGACCCUGCACUCCUUUGGUUGAAAGCCUGCACUGGUUUCAACUUAGAAUUUCCAGUUGUAUUAAGUUUUUAUUCACACAGAAGUAAAGAAGGUUAAAAGAAUUCAUCAUUUAAAGAAUAAUAUCCACAACUCAUAUAUAGUCUAUUUGUACUAAUUUUGUUCACCUGUUAGUUAACAAGGGACAGGUAUAAUGUUCCUAGAAUUAAAUAAUAAUCACUUUAUUCUGAAACAAUUUAAUUUUGUUUACCUACUGGUCAAAAAUUUUCAGGAGAGACGAAGUACAAAGAUUACUCAGAAAAAAAAACACGAAACUAGAAGGAAUUCCAUGGCAGGAUAUUGUUUUGCUUAAGGAGAAGAAAUACUUUUCUGUGAAAAUUUAAUGUUUCUCAAUGGAACCUAUUCGGGUGAUAUCCCUUAAGAUAUAAAUUGUUAUUGCCCCCAAACUGUAUUCACCUUUCAAUUUUUUUUUAUCAAUCAUGCAUAAAUGAUGAGCAGCUUCAAGAGUUUGCAACAACCCAAGCUUUGCAACAACCCAACCCAGUUACAAGAGGGUAAUUCGCGAUUCACUUACUUCUUUCCUGACUUUCUCUUCUGAACGUUUCUCCCAUGAAAGUCGAGGUCUUUUUGAUGGUCUCCGAUGCGAAAAAACCGUGGGUAUUGCACCUGGUUUUUAGCGUAGAUCUGGGUUUCAAACCAAGAAUUUCUGCUUUCAAGUCUCGUUCGUAGCAGUCAGGUGUAAAAUGUUCUGAGCACAGCCUGGAGUUUUUCGAAACGACCAGAUCCGCUCGUGAGAUUUUUGCCAGUCACUGUGAUCGUAGAGCUUCAUCCCUCGGAAAGCAAUGGUAGGAUAUACCAGUUGUGUACCUCGAGUCGUUGUUACAAUCGAACGCCGCGCAGUAUACCAUUUUUAAGCUCGAAAGUAAUCGAAGUAAAUAUAGCAACGAGGGCUACUCAAUCGCCAAGAACAGAUAGAAGAAUAAACUCAAACAACUCGGGCUUCCGUAUUUUUACAUCCUUUCUUGCGUAAGCCAAGAAUUAAACCCAUUAUAGAGAACUUAUAAACCAAAGUUCAACACGAAUUUCAAAAUUUUAUUUCCUUUUGGAUUUCUUGCGACAUUGUUAACAGCGUGCGUUAUCGUACAUGCCAUUGCAAAAUCCAGACUACGAACGCGUUGCAAACUAAUGUUAAAAAAAGGUAAAUAACAAAAUAUGGGAAACAGAAUGGAAGAUGAAAUAUCUUAAAUUACCAGUAUGUAAGAAAAAUUAAAGUGAAGACCCUAUUCCGAAAACAUCGAGGUCAAUCCAAGUAUAAAAGAUGCGCCGCACAUGAUCUGGACACGUAACUACGUUUCGGAGACACAGGGUUACGAAAGCCACAAUAUUUUUCUCUUACACAAUCCCUGGAUAGGAGACCAAUUUUCUAAUAUGAGAGGCGCUUAAAUCAUUUUUUGCUUCGCCUUGCACAAUCUUUACUCCUGGAAAACCACAAAUUCUUUCCCGCGAGCAAGCCGCAGUCCUGAAUUCAACUUGCCUGUUUCUUGCCGUGUUUACCUUCAUCCCCAUAACCUACGUCACACGCUACAAAAAGAACCGCUGACAUUCGUGUUCUGAGCCGACGUUCCGCAGUCAAAUAUCGAGCCAAUUAUCACUAAAAACCCUUCGUUUUCUGGAUGAAAACUGUCGUUCGAGGGAAAAAAAAUGACGGAAAUUUGUUCCAUCAUACAUAAAUGUACGAUACGUGGUGAAAAAAAUUACAUGAAUUUGGACUUCAGUUCUCCUUUAAUGGUUCAGGUCAGAGCCCAUAGGGUCUUUUCAAGAUCGACGAAACAAGAAUAUGAGAUAAGCUUUAUGCACAUGUCCCUCUGUAAUUCCCCGUUCCUCGAUGAGUAGCGUGAAUUUGGAUCUUGAUAUCCACUGCACUUUCUAUUUAAAUGAGAGAUUGUAGGUUAUCUUCUUCUCUCAAUAUUACACUGAAGACUGACGACUGACGACUCCAACUCUCUCAAUUAACCCUCCCCUCCCCCAUGGAGCAACGAGGCAGUUUCCAUGCUUAGUAAUAUAGGCUCUUCUUUUCCUUCAAAUAUUUUUGAAGCACAUGCGAAAAAUGUUUAUGAACAACUAACUGUUUUCUGCAUGGGAUGUUAACCUUUUUAGUGUUUUGUGGUAUGACUUCAUGAACAAACAAACACAUCCCAUCUUCUGUAACAGUCGCUAAAUGCUCUUUCAUCUUGAGUUAAAUUUUAAACACAAGAUGCUUUAUCAUAAGAGAUGUAUUGUUUGAAAAUUGGGGUGUAUCCUUGGAUAUUUCCCAGUUUUAGCUGGGUUAUGUUCAAUCACAUUAUACGUUAGACUAAUUGUGUGCAAGCAAAAAUAUUUGAUGGAUUAUGAGUUUGUCUAUUAGUCAUAGUAGAACUUCUCUAAAUGGUAGAUUAAAAGGUAACCUGUAUUGAAAUUUUGAAGCAGCCCAUUUAGCUGUAUGAUAUAAAGAGGUUGAAUCAGUUAUGGGAUAUGAAACUUUACCAUUGUUGGAGUGCACCGACAGUGUUACUUUGUAAACAUGACAUAAAUGCGUAUCUUUUCAGUGAUAAUGAUUGCAAUUUUGAAUGUGUAUUGCACUUGUAAGAGUAAAUGUCAUCUGUAUUAGAUCAUCUGAAAACUUUAGUAAGGUUAAUAGGCUUUGUGGUUUGGGAUGAGCUUUUUAAAUUUUCGCUCAAAUUUCAAGAAUAGGUACAAUCAGUCUAUAGUGUUUAUGGUGUAUCAUAAACCUGUGCUGAUUUUGCUGAUCUCAGGGUACACUGCUAACCAGGGAUAAAAAACAGUAUGGUGUUAUGGGUGAAGGUAAGCAAUUAAAAAUUAAGAAAUCAUGAAGCCCUGAGCAAGUUGUCCAAUAAAAGAUUUUACUCAAUACAGAAGUACCAGUUUUAUAAAAAUCACUAGGUCAAAUGUUUACCAUUAUAUCAUUUUUAUCCUAUUUUUUGUCCAGCAUGGUACAUUGAAGGCCUUUACAUUUAUCCAGCAUUUUCUUUUUGAUCCUGUGCUGUGCCUACAGGCCUGACUUUGUGACAGAUAAACUAAAGAUAGCCCACUCUUUACAGUCCUUGCAAGCUUUUGUUUAAAUGAGGCCAUUACACAUUAUAAGUUAGACAGCAUAGGAAUUUCUAAACCUUUUAGCCUGAAAUAAGACUGUAAUAACUAUGUAACAUAGCAAAUUAAAUUAUGGUUUUUUUUUCAGCUAAUGACAUAGAAACCACCGUGCAACACUCAAACUUCACCAUUCAAGCUUUGAUAGACAUGACCUGCAAAAAUUGUUGAAAUUUUAUUGAGACUGUAAUUCUCAAUAGUUUAAGAAGUUUUUGAUUUUUUUGACAAAGUGGACCUGGGUUUAAGCGAAUACAGUGCCAAGCACUUCAUUUGAUAUUCACCAAUUAAUAUCCAAUUCAUGUUCAUGCAAAUAGCAGUUAUUAGCUGCUGUUAUUUCCGCUAUAAUUCUCUCAGGCUGCAGGUAUUUGUCACUCCCACUUUGUGAGAGCAACAUAUUAUAAUUUCUCAGCCUGUCAGGCCAUUGAUGUGGUUAGCUUAUGAAAUGACGAUUAUAAGAUGUUUUUAUAUCAAUGUAUUUUACUUUUAUUUAUUUGAUAUGCAAUGAAAUUAAUUCUCAACAGCUUGUGGCCCACCAGAGGAAGGGUUUGCUGAAUGCUGUUUUGAAGAAGAACCAUUAUUUUACAUGAUUACUAUUAUUGACCGGCAAGUUGAUGAAGAAAUGGUGAGUCAGAAUUAAUUGCUUUCACAUGUCAUCCUGUUAAAAUCAGUGGUAGUGAUUUUUUGGUAGAACAACCACAUUGAGAAAGUGUUAUAUUAUUCAAGUGUUAUUGGUCCAGUCAUCAGUGCUAAACCCUGGAGCAAAAGUGCCAGUUUGAUCCUGGUCUUGCAUCACCAUUCUCUAAAGUGAACCCUUUAACUCCUGUGAGUGACCAAGACAUAAUUUCUUCUUACAUUAUCUAUAUAAUACCAUAUGAAGCAAACAAGUGAUGAGAUUAAAGAAAAAUAUGCUUCCUUGAAAUUGGUAAAUUCAGUAAAUUGGCAAUUCAGUAAAAUGCCCAACCAUUUUAAGCCACCUAUGGUUUUUCAAAUUGCACAACAGUGGUUUAAAACCCAAAUAGGAUAGAGUGAAUGAUCAACAAGCUUACAACAGAAUGACCCUGAGCUAUUGGUCAGAGUAAGUGUAAUACUAAUAAAAGUAAGAGAUCUGUAAUCUUAACUGUGGUUAAAUACAAAGAAAUCUCAAGCUCUCAGUAAAAGUCCCCCCCUUAAUGGGGUUCUCAUCAUACAGGCUUCAUCAUAUUCAGGGCAAGACAUGUAACUGUUACAAGUGUAACCAUUACAGCAUCAAAAAAGGUUGCUGUGGAUAUGCCUUAUGUAUCAAAAUACCUUCAGAAUCAGCAGCAUGGAACUGGCAUUAUAUGUGAUUAACAAUACUUUGAAAUGUGUAAUUCCCCAAGAAUUGGACCAAUAUGCACAGCCAUAGGCAGUCAAACUGGAGGCAUGCUACACAGUUCUAAAUGCACUGAAGGUUUUGAAUUUAGUACUAAUGGCCUAAUCAUGAAACAACUAGCUGAUAUACUGUCUACUAGUUAUUAAUUUGGCCCUAGUGCAGACUUAGCUAAAUACGACUAUUUCUUGUAUAUUGAUACAUAUUCAUUCAAUCACAGGUGUUUAAACAUGUUAUGAAGACUAGUGGUGACAACUGUACAUUAACAUCGAAUGAAAUUGACUUUGAAACUGAAGAACUUUUAGUUGGAAGCAAGGUACGCUUAGUGGUGAAUGAGAACGUUAUUAUUCAGUUUGUCACUGCAUGUGUUACUUAAUUACAAUCGACAAAAUUCUGUUUUCAGUAUUUUGCUGCUUUGCAAUCAUUAACUUCUUAAACGAUCCAUAUGUUGUGGUUACAAACUAAAUUGAGAGCCUAAAGGGCAGCUAUAUCACAUAGUUUGACUAGUUUGUCCAUCUUUGAUAUUUAAGAUUAAGCUAGCUUUUGUGUGGGACAUCAGCUACUCUUGUUAAUUUUCUAUCCCAUUUCAGCCUUAUUUUUCUUUUCUGAUAACCAUCAGAUGCAAUUACAUUUUAUUUUAAGAAAACGGGGAAUAUUUUCGAUUUUACGUUGUUGUGCGUUUGCUGAAGUGUGCUUUCAAACAGUUAAUUUUUUUAAAGUUGAUAACGUUGGUAACCUCAAUCACAUAGGCCUGUGACUCCUAACAAGGAUUUUACCGUUUGAUAGGAAUUUAAAUACGAACAGUCUGUCAACUUGACGCCCCUUUAUUACAAAUGCUUGUAUACACGCGACCAACUUGUAUACCGACCCGUAUGCGAGUUGACUUGUAGGUGAGAUAACUUGUGGGCGAGGGUGGACCAACCAAACCGUAGUUUACCGCGGUUUCUGUACCAUGAUGCAAGUGCAAACAUUGCUUGAAUCCUCAUUGAUAGGGGCUAACUCAUGACAGAUUAACUCUCCGCUAUUUUGACCUUUUCUAAUGGAGGAAGAGCUACUUUUGCUGUAUGCAUGGGUCCAAGGGCAGGAAAAGGAUUAAUUGCACGAGGAUUUUCGAAGUUCUCAAAAAAUUGCCCUAAGGCAAUUUGUAGAACUGUGAGAGUACAGGUGAAAUUAAUCUUUAAUUGCACGAGGACGUUUUCAAUUACUUGUUUAUCACCUGUAGAGCAUAGAGGGCACUAUGUUACAGAUCAGUAACAGUUCAGCUGUGUUCUCAAGAAUUACUAAUUCCAGUCUAAUCACUUCCUUUCUUUGAACCUUGUUACUCUAACCGCCGCGUUACACGAUGAAUGUCGUAAAUCACAUUCAAGGUGUUUGCCUUGAUCAUAGCGACCUGAUGAAUGGAUUCUUUCUUAAAAACCUGCUUUGAAUUAAUCCCUCUUUGACUUUCUCCGUGUGUUCCUUUGUUUUACAGGCAAGUAAUCACGUGAACAAAUACUGCCGGUCAGAGCUGAAAGGAAAGGAGAGCAUUGUUUGUUCUGGUCACAUGACAAUACAUCGUAAUGUUGAGCAAGACUAA